AUGGCUUCUACAAUCUGUACUGUCUCAUUUUCUGGGUCUUUAUCUGUUGGAAGUACUAAAACAACAAUCUUUUCUCACCCAUCUUGUUCUUGUUUAUCUUCUUCUACAAAUUCAUGCCUCAAAGCGCUCAAAUUCCCUCUUUCCUCACAAUUUUCUAAACUGGGUGUGUUCCAUGUUAGUCCUUGGAAUGGUCUGAAACAUAUGGGUAUCUCAAUCUCAGCAAAACCUCAAAAAACUGGCAGAAGAACAAAGUAUAGAGGGAAGGUUGUUUAUGCUUCAUUGUUUGGUGUUGGAGCACCUGAAGCUUUAGUAAUUGGAGUUGUAGCUUUAUUGGUUUUUGGUCCUAAAGGGCUUGCUGAGGGGAUUGUAGAGUUUUUUGUGAUUCCGCUGAUUGGGUACAGUAAGCUAUGUAAUGCGGAUUCUUAA